UGGCGCCGCCGCCACCGCCGGAGCAGCCCCGGCCCUGGCACAGCCAUGGCCCCGGUGUCCCGCUCAAGGAGCCCGUGGGACUCCCCGACCCCCCGGCGGGGGCGAGAAAACGGCUCGGCCAGCCCUUCUCCGUCCAGGCACAGCCGCAGCAGGAGGUCUCGCUCCCGGGGGCGCAACGGCUUCCGGCAGCGGGUUGGGCGCCCGCAUCACUUCGGCUCCCGGCACGACCCGGAGCACUACGGCAAGGAGCAGGAGGAGUCGCUGCGGCAGAGACGACUAAAUGAGAGAGAACGAAUAGGUGAACUAGGAGCACCUGAAGUUUGGGGACUCUCACCAAAACUUCCUGAGCCAGACUCUGAUGAACAUACUCCCGCAGAAGACGAAGAUGGAUCAUCUAAAAAAAGUAGCUCAUCCGAGUCCAGUUCAGAAGAGGAGGAGAAGAAAAGGAAGAAAAAGAAAAAGAAGAAAAAGGCUGCUGCACGUAAGUAUCAGUCUGAUAUCCAGGAAUUUAAUAUUUCAGGUGAGGAGGAAAAGAAGAAAGCCAAGAAGAAGAAAAAGAAGCAUAGAAAAAAAAAGUACAAGAAAAAGAAGAGUAAGAAGAGCAGAAAGGAUUCUAGUGACUCGAGCAGUGAAGAUUCUGAUGAGAGAGCCGAACAUGGGGAUGACCUCUGGAUUGAGAGAUCAAAAAACCCAGAUGCAGUGGAUUUUAUCGGACCUGAAGCUCCCAUUACUCAUGCUUCUCAAGACGACCGCCCCUUGAACUACGGUCACGCUUUGCUGCCUGGUGAAGGUGCUGCCAUGGCAGAGUACGUGAAAGCUGGCAAGCGGAUCCCCAGGAGAGGUGAAAUAGGCCUUACCAGCGAAGAAAUAGCCUCCUUUGAGAAGUCAGGCUAUGUAAUGAGCGGCAGCAGGCAUCGGCGAAUGGAAGCUGUGCGUCUGCGGAAAGAGAACCAGAUCUACAGCGCGGAUGAGAAGAGAGCCCUGGCAUCUUUCAACCAGGAGGAAAGGCGAAAGAGAGAAAACAAGAUCCUAGCCAGCUUCCGGGAAAUGGUCUACAGAAAAACCAAAGGCAAAGAUGAGAAAUGAAUGGCGUGUCCUUUGUCCUGACCUUGAUGAACCACCUCCAUGGUGCUGCCCAGCAAAUGGGUGGGCAGCACUGUGGCUUGUGCUGCAGGAACAUUGGGAAACAGUCCAUAGAUAACCAGCUAAGAACCCUAAUUGGUUUGGUGUGGCCUUGGAACUAACUUGCAAGGUCUUCUCAAUAGCAGAUGUAUGCAGCCCAUGUCAGAUUAACCAAGGCAGGCCAGUCGAUACUACCAUAUGCUAAGAAGCUGCUGAGAUGCUAUCCCUCCUUUGUGAUUGAUAAAACAGCACUUUAAAAACAAUCUCGCAGUUUAAGCAAGAAUUUGCGUUUAUGAGGGUUCAGUGAAGACUAUUUUCUAUGGACUUUGACAAGAAGAAAAUAUUAAGCCCUGAAUGGACCAACAAGAUCUCUUAUACAGCUAGCACAUACCCUGGGCCUAACUCUGUGCACCCAAAAGACAGAAAUAGCUUUAAUGUUGACUGUUGCCUUUAUAAGCUUCCUGUCUAGAACAGAUACACAUUUGGGUGGAUUGUUAAACAGAGAAAAGUUGUUUAAAUCAUGAUCUUGUUUUGUGGCUCAGACUCCUUAUAUUUUGUCAUUUUGGGAUUCUUUACAGUUUUAGUGCUAUUAAACGUCUGGCUUUCAUAAUUUUGCAAGAGAGAAUGCUUUGAGGAUCAUAAAUUUAUUUCCUGCUCAGCUAAGCGUAAAUAGUUUUUCAACAGCAGAAAUGAGGUGAAUAUCAAUCUGGGGAAAUUUUUUAGCCUUUAGUUUCUUCAAUAUAAUCUAUAGCCUAGAUAAAAUUUGUGGACUGGAAUUCAAAGUCCAUGUGGCAACUGCCAUAUACUGGGGGUUUUGAGCUUCUGUUCCCUUUUGUAAAUUUUGAGUGCUGCCCAGUACACCAUUCAUAAACUUUAGAAGUAUAUCUGGAGCCACAUUCUGAAACAAGGAAGAAAAGAAAUCCGAAUAAAAAUACACCCCAGUACAUAAGUACCCCAGUAUAAACGACAGCUUUAUUGAAUGCAUUUUGAGCAUUCCUUUUUUGCACAGUUCCAGAAUGGUGUACCGCUUCUGAACUAUAUUUUUAAAAUAAAAUGUUCUCCUAGGUCCA